AGAGGUCGCUAUAUAAUUGUGUGAGAAAGAAAGCGGGCAACAUGGCAUCGAGCGAAUUUUAUCUUCGAUACUACGUGGGACACAAAGGGAAAUUUGGCCAUGAAUUUCUUGAAUUUGAAUUUCGACCAGAUGGAAAGCUUCGCUAUGCCAACAACUCCAACUACAAGAAUGAUGUCAUGAUCAGAAAAGAGGCCUAUGUACACAAGGCCGUGGUCGAUGAGCUGAAACGCGUCGUUGAAGAUUCCGAGGUGAUGCAGGAGGAUGAUGCUCUGUGGCCGCCCCCUGACCGCGUGGGGCGGCAGGAGCUGGAGAUCGUGAUGGGUGAUGAGCACAUCUCGUUCGCUACCACCAAGUUUGGUUCCCUGAUCGAUGUCAACAACAGCAGAGAUGCCGAAGGCCUGCGCACAUUCUACUACCUGGUCCAAGAUCUCAAAUGCCUCGUCUUCUCUCUCAUUGGCUUACACUUCAAGAUCAAGCCCAUCUAAGAGAUCAUUCCAGGAAUCGCGCAUUCCGAUCGGAAAGGACACUUUUUGUAUCUUGUAAAAAUAAGUUUAAACUAGGAUCCUUAGGUAUAAAUGUAAGCUGAAUUGUUAAGGAAGUUGUUUCCAAGCGCCAUUGUUAAACCAACCAGUACGCCCUUUGUGUUUGGAAAGCAAGGACUGCAUCAGCACGACAUCAAGAAGCUCCAGUUGUUUCAGGGGUGAUCGUUUUGGAACAUUCUUUAAGAGUGCCCUGAACAUUGUGGGUAGAGCCAGGUGCAGCACUGACCAGACUGAGGUAUGAAUGAGAAUGUCAACAUCGAGAGAGGAACAGACCGUUGGGCGUGGUUCUUUGGAAGAGGACCAUCAUGUGCUGCUUCAAGAUUUCAAUUAACAACAUUGAUAUUCACUCAUUUAGACAUUUGUUUUUCUUUUUUUUGGGGGGGGGGGGAUGUCAAAAACGAUAUACUGGACUGAACACAGAGGUAUUCGUUUCCUGGCUUGUAGAGUCUUGCUUCUGUAGGAAAAUGUGUCAAACAAUUUGUGAUAAUUCUGAUUUAACCCUGUCUAUCAUGAUAAUUUAUUUUGUUUGAAUAUUUUUUUAAUUACAUUGGAGAGAGAGAGAGGGGGGGAGGGGGGAUUGAUGUGUAGUUUGCAUACUUAAUACUGCUUAUUAUGUGAUUUAGUGUUAAUUUUAGAAUGUACAGUUUGUAGAAUUUAAGUUUGAUAAUUAAUAUUAUGUUGUCAACCUGCAUUGCACAUAUCCCAUGUGUAACAAUUAAACCCAACCCUCUCUUCAAGAACACAACCUGACAAUAUUUUUAAAAUGUAUCAACAGAAUCAAAUCUUGGAUACCAUAUCAAUCAUGGAUGAUUAUUGGUACAGUCAAACCUGCUUUAGUGACCACCUGCCUACAACAAGCACAUUUUUUGUUUCCCUUGAAAAUUGUUUCUCAUUGAAGCAACCUGUCUACAAAGACCACUUUCUGUGUUUCACUUGGGCGGUCGCUGUAGACAGGUUUGACUGUAUUAAUGAUAGUUGAUUUAGGGAUGAUAAAACAUGGGGUAAAAAGACGUAGCUGUACUUUCUUUUCUGUGUGUCACGUACAAGGUACCGAAAUCUGAAACCUAUUUCCCCAUUUCACUUACUGGUAGGAUUUGUGUAGGUGGUUUACCAUGCAUAUCAAGUAUGGAACCUAGACAAAAAUGGUUAUGCUCUACUCAUGUGACAUCUGGCUUAGCCUGAUCUGGCUCCACCGAAUAAGAGAGCCUACAAAUUCAAAAUAUGUUUAGUAACUCCAACCAGAUUCUCUAUCUACUAUGAACAACGCUGUAGGCAGGAUCAGCAUUUCCAUGUACAUUUUGUUGUUGUUGCUUUGAUAGGCAAUCAAUUCUGAUGAAAAUGACCCAGCUUUCCAAAGAAUCAUUUAUUUUGGUAAGAUCAACUUGUUGGUAUAGAACUGCGUUAAGAUAAAGUUCCUUGUAAAUUGAGACUGACAAUGUUUUAAUUGCAAGCCUUGUAACGGCUGUUUAUUCGUUACCAGUCUGUGUAUAUGCUUCAUUCAAGAAGAAUUACAAUUACAUAUUUACAAACUAAA